CACAUGUACACCAGACCUGCUGGUUUUCUGUGCGCAGGUAACACACUCGCUCAUAGUGCUCACAACGAGCUCUUUCUGCGGCGAGGCAGUUGUGCCGUCAAUCAAGAUCCAAUUCCGCUCAUUUUUAUUUCCGGAACGCGAUCAUGCCAUACAAUCCAGCGGCAGAGAAUGCUCUCGGUACUUUGGGUACAAUAUGUUGGACCCUCCAGCUCGUCCCACAAAUAUGGAAGAGCUGGCGUGCAAAGUCUACCGAAGGUCUCUCUGAAAUUCUCGUUUUCCUUUGGGGAGUGUCCGGCGUCCCCAUGGGUGUCUAUGCGAUUGUGCAGAACCUCAACAUACCGCUGAUUCUUCAGCCACAAUUAUUUGGUAUUCUUUGCUUUGCGGCUUGGGCGCAGUGUCAGUACUACGGUCACAAGCGGUCAUUGUCAGCUUGUAUCAUUAUGUACAUCACAUGCUUGGUGGCUCUUGCUGGCUUCCAAGUAGGCAUGGUCUAUGCUGUGAGACCUUCUUACGAAAGGGGGAAUGACGGUGGUGUCGAAUUCUUCGGAAUAUUAAGCUCCGUGUUGAUAGCGAUCGCCCUCUUACCACAAUACUGGGAAAUUUACCGCCGUCGCGAAGUAGUUGGCAUCUCAGUUCCGUUCAUGACGAUAGACAUGCUUGGCGGUGUCUUUAAUGACCUUUCACUUGCCUUUAAGUCCGAAUUCAAUGUCAUCGCCGGUGUCACUUAUUCUUUGGUCGUCGUCAUGGACGGUGUGGUCAUCCUCCUCGCACUCAUCCUCAACCCGCUGGCAAGGAGACGGCGUAAGCGAGCCGCACUCGCCGAGUGCUCGGAAGUGCCUCCGCUUGCCCAAGAGCAGUCUUCAGAUGCUCAAGACGCAGACUCGACCGCCGACGAACGAGAGGCGGGCUCAUCGACUCCAAAGCAGCCCGUCAAACUCGAAGAUAUCCAACACACGACCAUAGACUGCGCUGAGAUGAGAGAGAUUAUGCAAGUGGACAGGUGCUAAGAUGUAUCGUGCAAUUCAUUCAUAGAAUACCCCAACCUAUAACUCAAAUGCGCCCGAGAGGGUAGUGAUGACAUUACGAUAGAUUCCGCC